AUGAACAUGGAAGACGAAGACCGUCUAAGUACCAGCAGCGCCGACGUGAAGGAAAACCGGAACGUGAGCAACCUGGAGGCGCGGCCCCUGCCCGCAGGCGACAGGGCCAGAGGCGGCGCGCCCGGCGUGAAGAGGAAGAGGCCCCUGGAGGAGGGCAACGGCAGCCCCCUGUGCAAGCUGCAGCUCAUCUGGAAGAAGCUGUCAUGGUCCGUGGCGCCCAAGAACGCGCUGGUGCAGCUGCAUGACCUGCGCCCGGGCCUGCAGUUCCGCACGGUGUCGCAGACAGGCCCGGUGCACGCGCCCGUCUUCGCCGUGGCCGUGGAGGUGAACGGGCUCACGUUCGAGGGCACGGGGCCCACCAAGAAGAAAGCGAAGAUGCGGGCGGCCGAGCUGGCCCUGAGGUCCUUCGUGCAGUUCCCCAACGCCUGCCAGGCCCACCUGGCCAUGGGCAGCGGCGCCGGCCCGUCCACGGACUUCACUUCGGACCAGGCCGACUUCCCUGACACGCUGUUCAAGGAGUUCGAGCCGGCCGCCCCCAGCGAGGGCUUCCCGGGCCGCCGCCCCGCCGAUGCCGGGCUGCUGUCGUCCGCCUGCCGGCGGGGGCGGCUGCUCUGCCACCCCCUGGACCUGGUGGGCCCGGCGCGGCCAGACAGGCCCCGGCCAGGCCCCGCAGCCCCCGGCGAGAGGAACCCCGUGGUCGUGCUGAACGAGCUGCGCUCCGGCCUGCGCUACGUGUGCCUCGCGGAGCGGGCGGAGACGCGGCACGCCAGGAGCUUCGUCAUGGCCGUGAGCGUGGACGGCAGGACGUUCGAAGGCUCAGGACGCAGCAAGAAGCUGGCCAAGGGCCAGGCGGCUCAGGCCGCCCUCCAGGCGCUCUUCAACAUCCGGCUCAGCAGGACACCCGGCAAGCAGGAGAUCCCAUCAGAAGGGCAUCUCCCCGGUGAAUUUGCAGACUCCGUGUCCCAGCUGGUCACGCAGAAGUUCCACGAGCUGACCGUGGGCCUGGCGUCCGUGCACGCCCGCCACAAAGCCCUGGCAGGAAUCGUCAUGACCACAGGCCUGGACGUGAGGCAGGCGCAGGUCAUCGUGCUGUCCUCGGGGACCAAGUGCAUCAGCGGCGAGCACAUCAGCGACCAGGGGCUGGUGGUGAAUGACUGCCACGCGGAGACCGUGGCCCGGAGAGCGCUGCUGCACUUCCUGUACGCCCAGCUGGAGCUGCACCUCAGAAACAGGGAGGACUCGGAGCACUCGAUAUUCGAGCGGUCCAAGGACGGCGGCUACCGGCUACGGGACAACGUGCUGUUCCAUCUCUACGUGAGCACGUCCCCCUGCGGAGACGCCAGGCUCCAUUCGCCCUACGAGAUCACCGCAGACCUGACCAGCAGCAAGCACGUGGUCAGGAAGCUCCGCGGGCACCUGCGCACGAAGAUCGAGUCUGGGGAAGGGACCGUCCCCGUCCGGGGCCCCAGCGCGGUACAGACGUGGGACGGUGUCCUGCUGGGUGAGCAGCUCGUCACCAUGUCCUGCACGGACAAGAUCGCCAGGUGGAACGUGCUGGGCCUGCAGGGCGCGCUGCUCUGCCACUUCAUCGAGCCCGUGUACCUGCACAGCAUCAUCGUGGGCAGCCUGCGCCACACGGGCCACCUCUCCCGGGUCAUGAGCCACCGCACCGAGGACGUCGGCCAGCUGCCCACCUCCUACCGGCACAACCGGCCCCUCCUCAGCGGAGUGAGCCACGCCGCCGCCCGCCAGCCGGGGAAGUCCCCGCACUUCAGCGUGAACUGGGUGAUGGGCAACGCGGACGUGGAGGUCAUCGACGGCACCACCGGGAGGAGGAGCUGCGGGGGCUCGUCGCGGCUCUGCAAGCACGUGUUCUCCGCGCGCUGGGCGAGGCUGUACGGAAAGCUGAGCACGCGGAUCCCGAGCCACGGGGACACGCCGUCCAUGUACUGUGAGGCCAAGCGGGGGGCGUGCACCUACCAGUCGGUCAAACAGCAGCUGUUCAAGGCAUUCCAGAAGGCCGGGCUGGGCACCUGGGUGAGGAAGCCGCCCGAGCAGGACCAGUUCCAACUGACGCUCUGAGCCCCGGAUGCCGCGGGAGCAGGGGCAGCAGGCCGUGCUCACCGGCUCCCCGCGCGCUCGCCCUUGGAAGUCCAGAAGCACGCGCGUGGUCAGUGCUCCGUGGGCAACUAGACUCGAAGUAGGAGCUGCUUCUCACGCGGCUGCUCCCACGCUGCCAGGACCCACAACCCCCAGACCCGAAGGCCCCGGGCACAGCCCAAUCUCUCCUCCUGGUGUGUCCGCAGGAAAGCUUCCGUUCAGGCUGAAGGGUCGUAGGUGCAGCUGGUCCCGCGGUGUCUGGGGUGGCGCUCCCCACACCCCCUCUCUGCCCCCCACACCUCCAGUGUCUUCGCUGCCCCCUGACCCCACACUCCCAGCCCCACAUCUGCCCCCAACCUGUCCCCUGCCCCGCACCCCAGCACCGCGUGUGGUUCUCAGCAGCACGAGCCGGCACGACACUUCAGGAUAAGCCACAAUGAAGAGAAAAGCCAUGGGCUCUCCCCAAAGAUGCCAACAGGACGCUCUCCCAUCCUCAUCGUUCACGUAAGUGUUUCCUCCACCUCCCUUCAAAGCGGACUGAGACGCGCAGUACCGAAGAACCCUCAACUCAGACCAGAGAAACGAAGACCCAUCCAGCAGCGCCCAGUUAGUGGAGACGCCCGCGGGACCUGGGCUCCAGGACCAAGUGCCACAGACCCUGCAGACACCACACCCAUCCCAGGCCCAGUGCGGGCUCCACGGCAGAUGUCCACGGCUGCUGACCACGUCUGUGGCCGCCGCGUCCAGGUUAGCGACCACGCACACCCCUCAGCAGGGAAAAGGGACCCCGUCGCAGACCACGCGCCGACAGCGCGAGUGUGCGUCAGAGAGCGAGCCCAGGCAGUGUCCGCAGCAGCCCUUCCCCGGGGCUGGAGCAGCUGUGAGCUCUCCACGCUUCGGGCUCCCGGAUCAGCACCUGGCAGGGCCGAAACGCACACAGCAGCUGCUGAGCCGCAAGAGGCAGGAUUCUGUCCCCUUCCAAGCCGGCGUUGGACACCCCGACCGCGGCACCCUCCCUAGGAGCGCCGCGGGCGCCGAGCAGGCCAGAGACAGGCGUCCUCUCCCAUGCCGUCGGUCCGUCCGGGUACUCGAACUGCCCACGUGGACCACCACGAACUCAUCUCGGACAUCUGUCAUGUGACGGACGGGCCUCUCCUUUCCCCCGCAGAAGAGCCACGCCUGAAACUCACCAGGCCACGCAGCCCGGCUCCGGAGCGUCCCACCCUGGGGCAGGGGCUUCCCGGAGGGGUUUCCAACUGGCCAGCCCUGCGUGCACACCCUGACCAGAGCACAGGACCGGCCCUCGGCC